AUGCUGCACGUCGACGGCUCGUCGUCUAAACACGGCUCAGGAAUAGGCAUCCGUCUCACCUCUCCCACAGGAGAAAUAUUGGAGCAGUCUUUUCGCCUGAACUUCCACGCCUCGAACAACGAAGCAGAAUACGAAGCGCUGAUCGCCGGCAUACGACUAGCGCAGGGAAUCGGAGUUCGAAAGAUAAGAACCUUUUACGAUUUACAGCUCGUAGCAUGUCAAUUCAACGGAGAAUACGAGGCGAAGGACGGACGAAUGGGAUCUUACCUCAAGGUGUUCCGAGAGUUGGUGCAAAAGUUCGACGACUUCGAGCUCACACGAAUACCCCGGGGUGAAAACACCUCGGCCGACACCUUGGCAGCACUCGCUUUGACUUCAGACCCGGAUCUUCGACGGACAAUUCCAGUCGAAUUCAUCGAACGUCCUAGCAUCGAAGAGGUAGAAGGAGUUCGGCUGAUAAAUCCUCCCAAACAAGAACCAGAGAGCGACGAAGUGAUCGCUAUGGAUGAAGACGCCUCAACAGCCGAGCUGGAGUACGGCUGCGACAAAGAAUGGCUCGGAGCCAUCCGAGUAUAUAUUGCCGAUGGAGAAGUACCAACCGAUAAGUGGGAAGCUCGCAAAUUAAAAGCUCAGGCCGCACGGUAUGUCCUCGUCGACGGCGAGGUGUUUAAAUGGAGAUUUUCAGGACCACUCAUGACAUGCAUCGAAAGACCGGAAGCCAGAAAGAUCAUGCACGAAGUACACAGCGGCGCGUGCGGAAACCAUUUUAGCGGAAGGUCACUCGCGAUCAAGAUAAAACAGCACGGUUACUUCUGGCGUACAAUGGUCAAGGACUGCAAGAAGUUUACGGUCGAGGCCGAUUCUUACGCAAGCAUAAAGGAUGCUCAAGUCGAACACUUCAUCUGGAAAAACAUCAUCUACAGACACGGGGUCCUCUACGAGAUAGUCACCGAUAACGGAUCCCAAUUCAUCUCAACGCGUUUUGAAGCUUUCUGCGAGAAAUGGAAAAUCCGCUUGAGCAAAUCCACGCCAAGAUAUCCUCAAGGGAACAGACAAGCCGAAGCAGCCAACAAGACGAUCCUAGACGGUCUGAAAAAGAGGCUCGACGCCAAGAAAGGACGAUGGGCAGAUGAGCUCGAAGGAGUCCUUUGGUCGCAUCGGACAACUCCACGCCGAGCCACCGGAGAAACUCCAUUCGCUCUAGUCUAUGGAGCGGAAUGCGUAAUCCCCCCUAGGUGGAUUUCCCAGGUAUUCGACGAAGACUUCUGCCGGGACAAGAGGGCUUGA